CGCUGCCCGGCCCCGUGCAUGUAGCACCCGGCGCCAAUAACACUGCGCCUCACAGACCCCGCGGCCUGCCGCUCUCCGGCCCCGCACUGGCGCCUGCUACUGUGACUGCUGCCCGCUGCGUACACCUGCCUGCUGUGGCCACUUCUCCUGCCGUCGUGUACUGUACCGUCAUGUUGUACGCCCGUAUUGCUGCUGUGCCGUGUACUGGAAACGGAGCUUUCUUUUUGUUCCAUAUUGGCAUAGUUCUAUUUUAACCACAAAAUAUAAAUCUCAUUAAAUACAUCCCGUAUACAGAACGAGAUGUGUAUGGAGUAGGAAAGCACUAGGUACUGUAUUACACGCCUACAGGCACAACUUCAGACACUUUAGUCACUGCCAUAAUGUCAACUUCUACCUCCUCACCUCAGAUCCUUGGAUUAAACCCUUCUCUUUGUAGCCUACAGGACACAGAGGGCAAUGUGGUACGGGCACAGCCAACUCUCCUCAAACUUCUGCGCAUGGCAGGGGCAAAGGGGGACACGUUUACCAUAAAACAGGUUAUGCAUUAUUUGGGACAGUACAUAAUGGUGAAACAGCUGUAUGACAAGCAACAGCAACACAUUGUUCACUGUGGCACUGAUGAACUGGGACACUUAUUAGGCAUUACAACAUUUUCUGUCAAGGACCCCAGUCCCUUGUAUGAGAUGCUGAAGAAGAAUCUGUAUCGGGUUUCUUGCACAGAUGCUGCUCAGAGUCCCUCAAGAGACCAAACGCAGGACACAGGCGGUUUGGAUCGGCAGAAGGAUCCUGGAGAAAGUAUUAAUGGAGCAGUCGGUGAUGACACUGUUACAUCUUCUAAGCCUCACAAGCGUAUUGCAGAAGUGGCAGAUGAUGCAGGCCCUGCUAUUUGCAAGCAGGCUCGCUUGGACCUCUCAUUUGAAGAAUGGGAUUUAGCUGGUUUACCCUGGUGGUUUUUGGGCAAUCUGAGGACAAAUUACAACCCCCUAAGUAACGGAUCCACAGACAUACCUUCCAACCAGGAUAUAGAUACAGCCCUUGUUUCAGACACAACUGAUGACUUGUGGUUCCUAAAUGACAAUCGGUCAGAUCAAGUCAAUGUAGAGGUGAAAGUGGAGGCUCAAGAAUCCAAAGACAGUGAGGUUGAGGAAGUGAGAGAAGAGGAGGACAAAAAGGUGAUUGAACUGACUAUAUAUGAGGAUGAUUUAGAGGACACACAAAGUCUGAGCGACGACACAGACACUGAUCUCUCAUCUGAGGACUGCUGGCAGUGCACAAGUUGCCAUAAAUUGAACUCGCCAGUGAAGCGUUACUGCUUCCGCUGCUGGGCAUUACGUAAAGACUGGUAUGCAGACUGCCCACGUCUCACCCAUACCCUUUCCACACCAGCAUUUCCUGCAGUUGUCAAUUCCCGGGAAAGCGACAGUGGCAUUGAUGUUCCUGACUGUCGCAGAACCUUAUCUGCUCCCAUGGUGCGUGUACAAGCCCCUUGCAGCAAUUUGCAAGCACCUUUCUUAGAGCCGCUAGACUUGGCAUCAAACAUCAGAAUACUCUCAGAAAGUACGGACACACUUCUCAGUUACCAGUCUGAUGAAGCAUCACUGGACUCUAACCGUCCUUUGCUGGAGCCAUGCAAGCUUUGCCAGCGACGGCCUCGUAAUGGCAAUGUGAUACAUGGUCGUACUGGCCACAUGGUGACAUGCUUUUUAUGUGCACGUAGUCUGCAGAAGACACGCAAGGGAUGUCCAGUAUGCCAGAAACCCAUACAGAUGGUGGUGAAGACCUAUGUGGCAUAGCCAAGUGGGGAGAUGUUAGCUGAGACACAUGGAGCAUGUGUAAAAACAUGCACAAUUGUUUGCAGUUUAAAAUGUUUGUACUUUGUCCCUUAUGCACCUUUUUGUAUGUGAAGGAGACCAGGAAAGCAACAAUGUGAGAGACUUUAUAUUGUUUACCCGGACUGGUGGAAUGUUUCAUUCCAAGCUCUGACUAUGAUCAUGCUUUAUCACUGCCAUGAGUAUAUGAAGUGUUUACUGUUGCUUCACACUGCAUAGUGAUCAUUCUCCGACAUAGGGAACUAAAAACUUUUGGAGAAAAUAUUUAUAAAGAUACAAGAAUAUGUAAAUGAUAAAUUUGCAUAUCUAUUUAUAUCUGGACUUUAUUGUCUUGCAUUUGGAUGUGUCUGAAAACCCCUUCUGUAGGUCUUUGUAACAUGUAGCUAGAGAAUACUUACUGUCCUCACCAAUAAGACCCCAGAAGAAUCCUGCACAGAGCAGCCAGGUGGGAAAUACGAGCACAGCCCUUCCUAUCAAAGCCGCAGCUUGCGGAUUUGUACAGCAGGGGCUAGUGUCACAAUAUCAUAAUUCAAUCCCAGCAAAGUGGGUCUUCUGGGCAUGAUGACUUGAAUCGCAUGCUGGAACAAUGCCUACACUCUCCAGGAGUCUGGAUUCUCGUGGAGAUUUUGGGAAAGUAGGUAAGUAUGAGCUACAACAGUCUGCCAUAGCGUAUCCAUGCUUUGUAUGACAUUGAAGUGUUUACUUGACUAGAAAAAUAAUUAACCAACAUACAGAAUAUAGCCAUUCCCCUACAUAUAGGUCCACAAAGUUGUUAAUGCAGUAUUGCCUGGGUAUACUUGUAUAUCUAUGAUUAUGGUUGCAAGCAUUUCCAGCUAUUCCUCUUUGAGCACCAAUACAUACAAUAAGUUGUUUUGGUAUUGCAAAUAACACGCUACAACUUUGCAUGAAGGCCACCUGUAUUUUAAUUUUAUAUUCUAGCACUUAAAUUUCACCAUGAUUUAAUGUUGUGAUAUGUACUUUGUUAAAUGAGGAUAUGUUUAAAUCCUGCUAUGCAUGAGAUCAUCAGUUCUAACAAAUACUUGCAGUGCUCAUGCAGUGUUAGCCAAGCCUCUACAUGCAAUCCUGUAAGCGUAAGAAAAAAAGUGUUGGUGAUUAGGCAUUUGGCCAUGCUUACAUGCAAAGUGUGAACCUAGAAAGUGGGACCUGUCUGUGUAGCAUGAAGCACCAUUGUGGGUGACAAGUCCACUUUAACAGCGGCUAUGUACUUGUUUGUUUGUGUUACACUUACUACUAAGAUAUUAGUUAACUAAUGUGUUGCGGAAGAGGAGCCUUUGCACCAUCCGCUCAUAAUUUUAAUUUACGUCGCAAAGGAAAGUGCAUACUCUUAAUUUCACUUUUGGCAUUAGAAAUGGUUCGCAAGUGGGUUGGUUUAAAUGCCUAAUACAAAAAUAAAAUUGUAUAAUGUUUAGAGCACCUUCAUGAGUGUUGCAGGAUAUAAUAUGGUGUAUUUUUAUUUAUUUAUGUUUUAAUUCUCUUCCUUGGUCUGUUAGACAAUACACACAGUGUUCUUAGGUGGAUAUUCAAUUAACCGCACUAAUUUACUGCAGCUAAUUGAUCCACUGGGGGCUAUUCAGUUAGCUCAGACAGCCAGCAGCAACGUUGAUUUUUUUUUUUUUCACCUGCCCGAUGCGGAAGAAAAGAAAUCUGUGAUAACUGAACCUAUUUUUUUGCAGCUGCUAUUGCAAAAACACAUGGAUACGGGGUCUUAUCUUUGUCUUAUCCUAUCUUAUCACUCAAAAGGAAUUUUUCCACACUAAAAAUGUGAUGAAUUGACUUGGCCGAUAGUGAGCAUUGGGCAAAAAUCACGACACCCCCCCCCCCCCCCCCCCCUUUUUUUUCCCACACGAAACUGAGUGCCUAAUUGAAAAACACACAGGAUCUGCAAAAAGUCUGUUUUUUUUGCGGCCGCGAUCAGACAGGCAAAACAUAAUCCCCGAUUAGUGCCAACAUGGGGGCUAAUAGGAUAGCCCCAAGCGAUUCAAUUAGCCACAGUAAAUUACUGUGCUUACUGUAACCAAUGUUACUUAUUUUGAAAGUCUUAUCAGACCCAAAGAGUAAUGCUUUAUUUUGCUCUUGGCACAGACAGCUGACGUACGAUAUAGUAUAGAGUUUGUAGUUCUCCAUGUAAAACAACCCUAGUUUACUUUACAUUUUUCCAAAUAUGUAUGCAAUGCAAGACAACAGGAGGACUCAUUUGCACUAUCUGUUCUUCAAUUUGAAGUGCCUAGUAGUAAACUAUGGUAGUUUAUAGUGGUUUUCAACUUUGUUUUACUGAAUCCCCUUCUUAUUGGAAACGGGAUUAAUUGAAACUCAUUUAAAGUUGAAUACCCCUUUAAGGAGGUUAAGUGGGCAAGGGCCAAAAUGUGUUGUAUUUUAUUUUUGUAUGGUUCUAAAAUAAAAUACUUUAAAACCUG